UAUCAACGUUACGAGAUCAAUAUGGCUUCUUCCGUAGCUGCUGCAGCUACUGUUCGCGCUGUCAAAGGUAGAAAAAUACUUGCUACACGAGCUGCGCUUACGUUAACAUCAAGUGCGGUAAAAAAAGUUAAGGAAUUGUUAAAAGACAAAAACGAAUUUAUCGGUUUAAGGGUCAGUGUGAAACAACGAGGAUGUAAUGGUCUAAGUUACACUCUUGAUUAUGCCAAAGAAAAGUGUAAACUCGAUGAGGAGGUUGUUCAAGAUGGAGUUCGCAUUAUGAUUGACAAAAAGGCACAGUUGUCUCUGCUAGGUACUGAAAUGGAUUAUGUGGAAACUAAAUUAAGUUCCGAAUUUGUUUUCAAUAAUCCAAAUAUCAAAGGGACUUGUGGAUGCGGAGAAAGUUUCUCUGUUUAGUAAACUUAAAAAAUCGUAGUUAAUGCAGACUACUUAAUUAUCACAAAUUUUGGUAAAAUAUGACUUCACAAAAAAAUAAGGUAUAAUAUAAUAUAAACAAAAUGUUUUACAAAUCUCUAUUGGUUCAGAUGUAUAGAUUUACAUAUUACAUUAUUUUGUAUACUGUAAAUUAGAUUUGGCAAUAUUAUAUGGCUUGUUAUCGCGGUAAAUUCAUUUCAUUAUCUUUUUUCUGUUUAAAUAAUAAAUUUUGUUGAUUAUAUGUAUACGUAUAUCUGUAUACUAUAUGUGUACAUAUAUAAUGAAAAUUAAUCGAUUAUUAAUUCAAAAGAUUAUGAUUCCGAUAUAAAAACAUCUUUCAACAUUAUUGACGUUUUCUUGUAAAAUAUUAUUACAUGCAUAAAUCGUAUUUCUUGAUAAAUUCAACGAAUAGAUAAAAUAUGUGAGUUGUAUUAUAGGAAUUAUUGAAUGUUUAUAAUAUUGUAUAUUUAUUUUGUGACUCAGUACUGUAUAUAGAAUGCUUCAUAUGAUAUGUAUACAUUUAUAAUAAUUAAUAUGAAAUAAUAUCCUGUUUGUUACAAUAA